UCCCGUAGCUGUAGAGCUAUUCCUCUUACUUUAUUUAAGUAGUCGGGGGUAUCCUUUAAGAACCCCUUCCCUGUGUCGAAGAGCCUCUUCCACAUAUUGUAGCAGGCUGCAAACCCAACCUUAGAGAAUACCUCCCCUAGCUUUGCCCCCAUAUUAAAAUAGGGUCUCGGAGGUCUCGUAAGUAUGCUCAGCUUCUUUAGACAGGUAGAGGAAAAUCGUUGCUGCUGCUCGCUCAGCAUCCGUCGUAGUCGGCUUGCGCCUUCCUGCCGGACUCUGGCUGUACACGUCGCCCGCAAACGACGCUCUAUAACCUCUCUCAGAUAAGAUAUUCUACAAUCGGGAUAAGCCCUAAUAUGUACUGUAUCCUCGGGUAAUUUACUUAGCAAUCUCACUGUAGGUUUCAGGCUGCGGCGGCACCAUUCUUAAAGAUAACGCGUAGUCACGUGCCAGGGCAAUUUAGGCCGAACCUGAGAUCCCCUAUUACCCCACCAAAGAUGUACCCCACUAAGUUAGAGUUCUCAUGACAUCAAGGAACCCCACCAUAAGCAAUCUGGAGGAAUUCUAGUUCAACAAAAGCUUCGAAAUAACAAAAAAAAUCAUACACCCAUUGAAUCUGGCAUUGCAACAGUAUUAUUACCAUGUCGUCUGACAGCGGCCUCUUGUACCUGGGUUUCGACCUAUCCACACAGCAACUCAAGGCUGUCGUUAUCACAUCCGCCCUGAAUGUGGCGCACGAAGCCAAGGUCGAUUUUGACGCCGAUCUCGCUCACCAUGGCAUCACGAAAGGGGUCUUCCAUCCUUCGCCAAAAGAAGUAACCGCGCCGGUCGCGAUGUGGCUCGAGGCUGUUGAUCUCGUCCUCAGCCGGCUUCGAGAGGCCGGUGCCCCGCUGGGUCGGAUAAGGGGGAUUAGCGGAGCAGGGCAGCAGCAUGGAAGUGUGUUCUGGAAUAAAGCGGGAGAGGAGACGUUGAGCAAGUUGGAUGCGAAGAAGACAUUGGUGGAGCAGCUGAAGGGUGGCUUCGCGUGCGAGACGAGCCCGAAUUGGCAGGAUGCGAGCACACAGAAUGAGUGCGAUGCUUUCGAUAAGGUACUCGGUUCGGAGGAGGAGUUGGCAAAGCUUACGGGUAGCAAAGCGCAUCAUCGAUUCACUGGCCCUCAGGUCAUGAAAUUCAAGAAGAACAACGCGGAUGUAUACGAGAAGACAUCGAAGAUCUCUCUCGUAUCUUCGUUCCUGGCUUCCGUAUUUCUUGGAAGCGUGGCCCCGAUCGAUAUCAGCGAUGUCUGCGGCAUGAACCUCUGGAACAUUGUCGAGGGAGCCUGGGAGUGGGACCUCCUUACUCUCGCAGCCGGCAGCAAGGAAGAUGGCGAGAUACUAAGACGGAAGCUGGGCGAUGUCCGAUCAGACGGCUGUGGGAGCAUGGGAGCUAUCUCUGACUACUACGUGCAACGAUACGGCUUUAGCAAGGAGUGCCAGAUCGCGCCAUUCACAGGUGAUAACCCAAGCACGAUUCUCAGUCUGCCUCUGAGAGCAGGUGACGCCAUGGUGAGUCUCGGUACGAGCACAACAUUCCUCAUGUCAACACCUCACUUCGUCGCCGACCCAGCCGUCCAUUUCUUCAACCACCCCACAACAAGCGGCCUGUACAUGUUUAUGCUCUGUUACAAGAACGGCGGUCUCGCCCGCGAAAAGACGCGUGAUUCGCUCGCUAAAUCCAGCGACGGCAACACCUGGAGCACCUUUGAGAAGACCGUCCUUGAAACCCCACCGCUCGGCAAGAACACGCCCCUCGACCCCGCAAAACUGGGCCUGUACUUUCCACUCCCCGAGAUCGUGCCAAACGUGCGCGCGGGAACAUGGCGCUUCUCGCUCGCCAACGGCGCGCUUACCGAGUCCGAUGAGGGCUGGAAGAUCCCUGAAAACGAUGCGCGCGCGAUCGUCGAGUCGCAGGCUCUCUCACUGCGUCUACGGUCGAAGAAUCUUGUCGUCAGCCCUGCAGCAGGGCUGCCGGCACAGCCUAAGCGAAUCUACCUCGUUGGCGGGGGCUCGCUGAGCCCGGCUAUCGCUAGGGUGAUGGGGGAUGUCCUGGGCGGCUUGGAGGGUGUCUAUAAACUCAAUGUUGGCGGCAAUGCUUGUGCGCUCGGUGGGGCGUAUAAGGCUGUUUGGGCGGUGGAGAGGAAGGAGAAUGAGACGUUUGAGGAGCUGAUUGGAGCGAGGUGGAAUGAGAGCGAGGCGGUGGAGAAAGUCGAUAUUGGAUAUAAACCACAGGUGUGGCAGGCAUGUGGCGAUGUACUGCCAGCCUUUGAGGAGGUGGAGAAGAAGGUCCUGGCACGUGAAGAGAGGGCUGCGUGAGAAUAAUGUCUUGCAUGUCAUCAAAUAUUGAGCAACUAGCCUCUGCAUAGUUUGUCUAUUUCCCUUUAGCCUUUUAAAAUAGACUAAAUGGCAAAGAUGAGGGAAAAAGCAAUCCACGGGCCGUAUGGCGUCCGCUCAUCCCCAUGUUUCGGCCUUUAAAGAAGCUUUACUGAAUUAACAAAGGAAAUCCAACUCCGGAACCAGAUAAUUGUGCUCAAACACCGCCAUGGGUAAACUAAAGCCUCUUUAUGUAGACAAACGAACUUAUCCUCGUCCAAUGUUACACAUAUCCAUUCCAUCCCACUCCCAUUAUCCAACAAAUGCCUAUAAAACCACGCCUCCGCACCUCCCAGAUCAAACUCCAGAAACCCAAGCCAGUUCGACAGUUUUUAGUUCAACAAUCACAUUCACAUCCUGGAGACCACACCACAAGCACCGCACGGGACCAACGCCACAAACACUGCACGAUACCCAGAAAAUCAGCAACGCCACCACAACACCGGCUCAAUUGAGUCGUUUCAGACCGCGCAUAGCCCGCCCAGUUCUCCUCGACCUAGUAUUCCGGACCCCGAGCUCACUAC